AUGCUGAAGGAGGAACCUGCAGCUGUCGUUGAGGAGGCGAAGCCCAGCACAUCAUCGCGCCUUCAAGUGGUCUUCAGUGGGACCGUGACUUCAUCUGCUCUACGGCAGAUGUGCGCACAGGCCGGGCUCCUUCUUUUCCGAGUAUCUCGCGUCAGAGUCGGCAGUGUUCGACGCAGCCUCAGAUAUGCAAAAGGUCCGCAGCUUACCGAUGCUUGUCGCGCUUCAAUGGUUAGCGAUGUGGCCCAAGUUGCGCAGCCCAGGCGUGGAGGCUUUGCUUCGCCAAAGGUUUCGAGUUCCAGUGACAUGGCGACCAUUGAGUACGAUGACGGCGGCAUCAACAGGACUUCAAGGGCAUUGACACAGCCGAAGUCGCAGGGGGCCUCCCAAGCGAUGCUGCAUGCUGUUGGUAUGAAGAAAGAAGAUCUCAACAAAGCGCAGGUUGGAAUUUGCUCUGUGUGGUAUCAGGGUAACCCAUGCAACAUGCACCUGCUCUCUCUGGGAGAUGAUGUCAAGAAGGAAGUUGACAAGGAUCCCAAGAUGUACGGCUUCCAAUUCAACACGAUUGGAGUUUCGGACGGUAUGUCCAUGGGUACCAAAGGCAUGAUGUACUCCUUGCCGUCCCGCGAGAUCAUCGCCGACAGUAUCGAAUCAGUCAUGGGAGCUCAAUUUUACGACGCUCUUGUGACAAUUCCUGGAUGCGACAAGAACAUGCCAGGCUGCGUCAUGGCCAUGAUCCGGAUGAAUCGGCCCUCUUUGAUGCUCUAUGGCGGAACCAUUGCAUCGGGGCGCUCCUGCAAGGGCGAAGACCUUGACAUCGUGUCCACCUUCGAGGCGUAUGGUAAGUUCAUUGCGGGGACCAUCUCCGACGAGGACCGAGCAGACAUCGUGCGGAAUGCAUGUCCUGGGCCUGGGGCAUGUGGUGGCAUGUACACUGCCAAUACCAUGGCGACGGCUACGGAGGCCCUGGGGCUUUCACUUCCUUACUCGAGCUCCUCGCCAGCCACGUCACCUGAGAAGCGGGCAGAAUGCGAACGAGCGGCCAAGUGUGUCAAGGCCAUGCUGGAAAGAAACCUGAAGCCCUCGGACAUCGUCACAAAGAAGUCUUUUGAGAAUGCCAUCGUUCUCGUCAACGCGCUAGGCGGAUCGACGAAUGCAGUGCUUCACCUGCUCGCGAUUGCAGCAACUGCUGGUAUCGAGCUCAACAUAGAUGAUUUCCAACGGAUUAGCGACAAGACCUCGCUGGUUGCCGAUUUGAAGCCCAGCGGAAAGUACCGGAUGGAGGAUGUGCACCGCAUCGGUGGUAUCCCCGCUGUCAUGAAGUAUUUGCUCAAGCUUGGCUGGCUGCAUGGAGACUGCCUCACAUGCACUGGGCAGACGCUGGCCCAGAAUCUGGCCAGUGUUCCGGAUCUGGAUUUCGGUGCGCAAAGCGUGAUGCUACCACUGGAGAAGUGCAUUCAGAAGACGGGCAACAUCAAGAUUUUGCGAGGCAAUCUUUGCGUAGAUGGUGCUGUGGCCAAGAUCACGGGUAAGGAGGGCACCUCCUUCACAGGCAAGGCGAACGUCUUCGACAGCGAGGAAUUGAUGCUGAAAGGCCUGGAGCAAGGCAAGAUCAACAAGGGAGAUUUCAUCGUGAUUCGCUAUGAGGGCCCAAAGGGUGGCCCUGGUAUGCGCGAGAUGCUAACACCAACGAGUGCAAUCAUGGGCGCCGGACUGGGGAAGUACGUGGCUUUGAUGACAGACGGCCGCUUCUCCGGUGGAUCGCAUGGCUUCAUCAUCGGCCACGUGUCUCCAGAGGCCUUCAUCGGCGGAGCGAUUGCGCUGAUUCAAAACGGUGAUAUGAUUACCGUGGAUGCAACGAAGCUGCAGCUCUUCAUGGAUGUGUCCGAUGAGGAGCUCGCAAAGCGAAAAGCCGCGUGGAAACCACCGCCGCCAAAUGUGAAGACAGGAUAUCUUGCCAAGUAUGCAAAAUACGCGGCCUUUCUCACUCUGGAAGGCCUGAAACCAACUCGCGGAGCUUUGGUGAAGUUGAGUGACCAAGCUCUGGCUAAGUUCUCCUCGGCGCACCUUGCCUGGUGGCAGACAGUCUCGGGAACGGGCCACAGGGAGUUGGCGCUGCCUGUUCGACUGGCUCUUCCAACCAUGGGACGCCUGCGCGCAGAAGGCUUCCAGCCCUUCCAAAAGCGGCGUAAAGCUGGGCCCCCGGCAAGCGAUAUUGAGUUUGUCCAUUGCAGCAUUGGUUCCCAGUGUGCCAACGGGUUCUUCAUUGUGUCCAUUAUGCCUCAAAGCGUGUGGCAACACUAUGGGUUCUUGCCUGAGAAGUACAGGAGGUAUUGCAUCAUGUGUCCGGCGUGCGACGAAUCAGUGGCUGGUGUCGUGGUGGUCAUUGCGGUCCUGGUUGUGCUGAUGGUCCUAAUCGUCUUGGUUGUCCUGGUUGUCGCCGCGGUUGUGGUCGUUGUCGUCUCGUCGUCCUGGUGCUGGUGGUCCAGGUCGUCUUGGGGUCGGCCGGCGCCGACGCUUAUCGCUGUCGCUCUCAACGACAUCGCAGACCCGAAAGGUCGCGAGGCGCGCCAUCGCCGCGCCUUUCAGCUCGGCGCAACCCACGGCCCCUUCCCCUUCGCAAACUUGUCCGACGGCCCUUACGGGGGCAUCGCUGCAUUCUUGGACACGCGCUCUUUGGGGCGGAUGGACAGAGCAUGCAGGCUGUUCCGGCGGCUGAACAAUGUACAAGAAGGGCCUUGGCACCAUGUCGGUUUGCAGACAUUCUUCGGCAUGGAGAUCGAUGAGGGUGGCUUCAAGCUCUUUAAGGCCUGCGUGAGUUGUAAACCCUGGAAGCACUUCCUCUACGACAGCUUGAAGCUCGACACCUGUAUCCGUGCGAGCCUCAAAGUUAAGGGGCUACCAUCGCUUCGUUGUUGA